UUUACGUUGGCAAACAAAAUGCAGAACAUUGAAUACGAAACUUGAACGACCUGAAAUAUUUGAAGAAAAAAAGGGAAAAUGCAGGCGACAAGGAGGAACUUCAAGCUAGCAGUGGCUGCGAGAAUGCAGUACAGGACAUCACAAAGACAGAAUCAGCAGAAGAGAAGGUUGAGAACUGUAAACUCUCGCAUGAAAAGGUUAAGAGUGGAGAUGAAAGAAAUAACUGCGGAGCAAAGAGAGAUAAAAGAGGGGCAAAGACAAGUACGAGAAAAAUUUGAAGCCAUUGAAUUGCAAUGUGAAGAACUUCGAAAAGAGACUAUGCUUAUGACACAACAAAGUGCAAAAACCCAAAUCCGCCUUGCUCUAAUGUUCCAAAUCUUGAAAGCUAGACAAAACCAAGAGCUUGACAAGGCAGCCAUACUCACUCAUGCUCUCCGUGAGGUUGUAGCAAGAGAAGAGCAGGAAUUGGAUGCAUCGAAAAAAUGAAGGUUGGAGUUGGAGGCGAGCUAGCUCUAUUGUUAUCUCCUUUCUAUAUGUAUAAUAUCAAAUUCCAUAAAUGGAAUACAGUUCUAGACCUUAGUCUUGCAUUUAUCUUUAAAAGUAAGAUAAAAUUGAAUAAAAGUUUGUGUUCAAUUUCUUUUUUACUUA